GAUUACUGAAUGAUGGAACUUCACGAAGCUGCAGCUCUGGGUGACUAUCGCAUAGUAGAGGAUAUCCUGAAGAGGGGGCUGUGUGACCCAAAUUGCAAAGAUGUGGAUUGGGGUGACAGAACUCCUCUCCACUGGGCAGCAGCAAAAGGACACUCAAAGACGGUAAAGCUACUUGUGGAGCAUGGUGCCCAGCCUUGCUUAAGAACUGAAGCGGGAUGGACCCCGGCUCAUUCUGCUGCCGAAUUUGGGAGACUAGGAGUGUUAAAGACACUUCAUGCUUUGCAUGCAUCUAUUGAUGCUGCAGAUUUGUAUGGGGACACACCAAAGAGGAUUGCAGAGAUCUAUGGGCACAAAGAUUGUGUUAAGUUCUUGGAAAUGGCUGAAGGGGAGCACAGGAGGUACUGCCAAAAAUCAAAAUUAAAGGGAAUUCAGCUGGAUGAAGAUGAUGACGACUGGGAAGUUAAAAAGAAAGAACUAUUGAAAAAUAAAUCCUAUGCUCAGAAGAAAGAAAACAAAAGAAAGUAUGCGGGAAAAGAUGGCAAAGUGAAAUAG